UCCCGCCUCCUCCUCGCCCUCAGUGAAUCUGGGAGAGUCUUAGCCGAGAGGAGCUAAUUCCUCUACGGGUGGAUUUAUGUGGGUUUUCGUAAAAUUUGAACAGACUGGAGAAACAUAGUUAAGAUAAGAAGAAUUUUUGGUGUUUUUACGGGUGGAUUUUCAUCAGCCCGAAUACUUCCAGCCUGUCUUCGACUCUCGGGAGAGUUUAGUUAGUCUGGUCGAUCGUAAUGUGGCUCAGGGGCUAAUCCUUGGACUUCAUUCAAUACUAAUUCAUCUCGAAGCGCUUCGUUUGGGCGAGCCGAACUGAUUUAACAACCACUCACGAGAAUGACAGAAUACAAGCUGGUAGUUGUCGGGGCUGGUGGCGUUGGGAAAAGUGCUCUGACCAUCCAGCUCAUUCAGAAUCACUUUGUAGACGAGUAUGACCCCACUAUUGAGGAUUCUUACAGAAAGCAGGUUGUGAUUGACGGAGAGACGUGUUUGCUGGACAUCCUGGACACCGCUGGUCAGGAGGAGUACAGUGCCAUGAGAGAUCAGUAUAUGAGGACAGGAGAGGGCUUUCUGUGUGUGUUUGCCAUCAACAACGCCAAGUCCUUUGAGGACGUACAUCUUUACAGGGAGCAAAUAAACCGUGUCAAAGACAGCGACAAUGUCCCGAUGGUGCUGGUGGGGAACAAAAGUGACCUGGCCUCUCGUACUGUAGAGACGCGUCAAGCCCAAGAGCUCGCCAGAAGUUACGGGGUCCCAUUUGUCGAAACAUCUGCCAAGACGCGACAGGGAGUUGAGGAGGCAUUUUACUCUCUCGUGCGGGAGAUCCGAAGAUACAAGGAGACAAACCGCAGCAAUAAGAAGAGCAAAAAGCACACACAGAGACGCUGCACUCUUUUAUAGCGCUACACGCGUACAGCCUCGCACUGCCACCCCCGUGAUAGCAAUGCACUCAAGGCCACAUACACACACACACACGCACACACACUACUGUAGCAUUACACAUACAUACACACCCCAUUUCCUUUUCUUACCACUCUCUUACUCCACCAGCCUUUGAGGAAUAGGAACCUGACUGGCUGUUGUAUGUGUUUGUAUGUAUGUGCGCGCGCAUGCGACCUCAGUGAGAAUCGAGCAACUGUGGAAUUACUUUGGAAAAGACAUAUUUCCAAAUUCGUCUAGUCUCAAGUGGACUCGUCAACUUUGAGCUGCUGCUUCCCCUUCUGUGCUAAAAAGACCCGAUGUGUGUCAUAGUUUUACAGUUGUAUUUUAGAGUCACAGCAGCAAGGAAUCUUGUUUAUAACAAAUUCAUCAGGUGGUGAAGGGAUAUACUUUGUCGGUAAUGGGUAAGUGUUUUUAAGUAAGCCUGAUCACAUCUCAUCUCUUCAAAACUUUGUGAGCCAGUCAGCACAUCCGUGUGCUUCUGUUAACAGUGGUCGGGAAAGAGGAAGCUCAGAAGUCCCCUAAAGUUUUAGUGGCCUGUGAGAAAGCACAUUAGAGCCACUAAUGUAAUUUUUAGUACUUGCUCCAUCAAAUGGGGUUUCUGUAGUUGUCACCCUGUUUUUCUUUGUACAAAAUUUACAUUUGAUCAAUUUCUCUCCAGGUUACUAUUGUUGUCAUGGCUUGGACUAAAACUUAGCUGUCCUACACCUAAUGUAGACCUUCUAUAAUUAUGAAAUGCAGAAAAAAAUCAAGCAGUAUUUUAUGGUAAAAUCCUGUAUUUUUGUAACCGUUAAUAUUGAAUCAUUUCAGUACAUAGACCAGCAUUGUAUUGGACAUUAACAUUUCAUGUAUUAUGAUGAAUUGUGUAACAUGCCAGUUGUUCCCACCUGUGAUGAGGCUUGGUUGGGAGGGCGAGACAUUUAUUUUAUUUUUUUUUUAAGAUUGACAGGAGAGACAGUAAUGGUUUUGGUUCAGGCUAAACACGUGACCAAAACUUGUGAUUGAUGCAUUGCCUUUGCCACAUUGAUAACUGUAGUUAUACGUUUUGUGAAUAAAGAGACUUUUGGCUA